AACAGAUGGCCCGUGCUGCGUUUACGGACCGACGGUUGGAGGAGGUGGCUGCGUACCUCCGCUGCUGUGCGUCACUGCCGUUCAUCUCCUUCUGUCACUCCAGGCUGUGAUGGCGGAGGCGAACGAUACCGACGUAAUGAUGAGCUACCACGGUGAUUUCCCAAAAAACGACAGAAAAAGCAGCCGCUACCCUUUCUGCAUUGUCUGGACACCCAUUCCCAUUUUAACGUGGGUGCUCCCCUUCAUCGGUCACAUGGGCAUAUGCACUUCUGCUGGAGUCAUACGAGAUUUCGCAGGGUCAUAUUUUGUCUCGGAGGAUAACAUGGGGUUUGGUAGACCCACAAAGUAUUGGAAGCUUGAUGUGGAUAAAGUGUGUGGUAAUGGUGCAGCUACAUGGGACAAAGCUGUGCACGAUGCAUCAGAGGAGUACAAAUGCAGGCCGCACAAUCUGUGCUUUGAUAACUGCCAUUCCCACGUUGCCAUGGCCCUCAACCUGAUGCGCUACGACAACAGCACAUCCUGGAACAUGGUGAACCUGUGUGUGCUGUCUCUCACUCACGGGAAACACGUAAGCUGGGCUGCUUUCCUCAAGACCUGGCUGCCCUUCGUCAUGCUCAGCGGAGUCCUCGCCACCUUCAUCCUCACGUUUAACCUACAGUAGUGCGGCGAGCAGUAGAACAAGCUGCCUCAGGCUUUUUGGUUAUACUUUAUACACAGUCAUCGAUGUGAGUGGUGCGUUCUGAUGGAACGUUUGUUUGUGCACAAACUGAGUGACUGCCUCUUCAUCUGUUGUGAUGCAUGUUCUAAGAGUAUUAAAGGGCAAAGCUAAGUGUUUUGUUUUUUUUGGGGGGGGGGCAGUUGAAAUGAACAAUUUGUCCUUCAGUUAUUGAUAUUUUGAUUAUUUCUCAUUGGUUAUUAUGCUAGCAAGGCAAGCUACAGUGUCUGCAUUUGUGUUUUUGCUUUAUUUCCCCUUGUUAAUAUUAUCAUGAAGGAGACGACGUCCAGAUUAGACCCCAGUAGAGUAAUGCAUUUCAGUUGCAGAGAUGUAUUUUUGAUGAACGGCAGUGAUGAAUGUGUUUCCAGGCGGGCUAAUAUAUAUUUCAGUGACGAAUCCAUAGAAAACGGAUUGCAAAAUCUUCAAGCUGGAAGUAUUCAUCAAUUAUUUGUCUUAGAAAUAUGAGCAGCUAGACCAAAGAUAGAAUGAUGGAAACCCGCAUGUUAAUAAUUAGGGUAUUGCGCUCCCUCGGAUACAUUUUCCUCCUUCAUAAGACGCUUCUAUGUUAAGUGACUUCUUUUUUGUUUGUUUUGGCUUUUUUGCAGUAAGAUUUGUAUGAUUUCCUUUUGUGCAUCCUCACACUUGAUCCUGCCAAGUUAUAUGAGCAAUAUUUGAUCACUUGUUUAUGCAUUAUGUUAUUUUAUUGGAUGUUUUUGGUACUUGAAUAAGUAUUAUUUAUUAUUGUAUGUCUGUAACCGUUUAAUAUUUCCAUUUUUGUACCUGCAUUUUGGAUUUGCUGUGUGCAGAGCUCUUUUGUUGUCUCCCCUGGCAGACUGGGAUAAAGGUGACCGGCUGUGGGUCGUCCUCUGUACCUUUAAGGGGACUGCGUUUUCAUCCAGCAGACUCUGUGUGAUAUGAACUACCAUCACUUUACGGGAACCUUUAUUCCCACAGUGCAGCAGACGACGACUGAGCGAGCAGUCUUUGCCACCUCUGCAGUGUCCGAUCACUUUUAGAGAACAAAGGAUAACAGCUAAAGUUUGAUU